AUUGAUCCCCAAAUCAAGGAGCUCUGCCGUUUCCCUGGGCAGCCGACCCUCCCGCAGGAAUUUAACCCUCCCCAGCCCACUCGCCUUCCUUCCCCAGACUCGAUGGUUUUGCCCGGGCAGCGUUGGGAAUUUGCCCUUUCCGGAGCGAUGUAAGGAGGAGUGGGAUGGCUUUUCGUAUCCCCGGUCCCGGGAUGAAACAACCUGUACGUCUCUCCCCCCCAGCUGGCUCCCAGCCAGGCACGGGGGAACCGGCUGAACAAGCCCCGGCUGUCAAAAUGCUGCUGCUUUAAACAGGCUCUCCACUGGCUGCAGCCAAAGCCACGCUAUGCCGAACGUCACCGAGGAACAGAAAUAGCCGGCACGAGUGGAGGGAGGGGAAUGUGAGUAUUAAGAGCGCACAGAUUUCAAACAUACUUGGUUGGGCAGCACACGCUCCCUUCCUGCCGCUGCCUCUCCAGCUGCGACGGAGCGCCGGGAUCUCUCGCUGUCUGCCCGGGAAGAAGGAUUCUCUUCUUUCUUCUUUCCCUUUUUCUUUCCUGAAGUUUCAGCUUUGAUACUACUAGAUUGAUUUUUUUUUCCUCGUAGGAAACUUCAUCUGCUGGAUUUAAAAACAAGAGCAGAAUGCAGAUUGUCCUCAGAUGGCACCCCACUAAGAAAUGGUUUACCAUCUCCCAGCAGCCGUGUUUCUCAGAACAAGAAGAACCCCUUCAGAUCCCUGUGGCAUGAGAAAAGCCUCUGGCUUUUAAACCCCGGGAGGAUGUCUCUAACUGACGAGCUGGAGAGCCACUUUUCUGCCACCCCCUACAUGGUGACAGACACAGGUGAGGACAGCCUGUUCAGAAUCCGGUCCAACGCCUCUGGCAAUGCCACCAGGGAUGGGAUGUCAGCCACCGGUUCCAUGGAGGACAUGAUUGCCAUCUGCACCAUUGGGACAAUCCUCUCCCUCAUGUGUGUGAUUGGGGUGACAGGCAAUGUCUACACCUUGCUGGUGAUGUGCCAUUACCUGAGAUCUUCCGCUUCCAUGUACAUUUACAUCAUCAACCUCGCGCUGGCGGACCUGCUCUACCUCCUCACCAUCCCCUUCAUCGUCGGGACCUACUUCAUUCAGAAAUGGUACUUUGGGGACGUUGGCUGUCGCAUCCUGUUCAGUCUGGACUUCCUCACCAUGCAUGCCAGCAUCUUCACCCUCACAGUCAUGAGCACAGAGCGCUACUUUGCUGUGCUGAAGCCCCUGGACACGGUGAAGAGGUCCAAGAGUUACCGCAAGGCCAUCGCUGUUGUGAUCUGGUUGGUGUCACUGCUGCUCACUCUCCCGAUGCUCAUCAUGAUCCAGCUGGUGCAAAGGGACAACAAAAGCAUCUGCCUGCCCACCUGGAGCAAGCUGUCCUACAAAGUCUAUCUCACCAUCCUUUUUGGUACCAGCAUCGUGGGCCCAGGGGUGAUCAUUGGCUACCUUUACAUCAGACUGGCUAAAAUAUACUGGGUGUCACAAACAGCCUCCUUCAAACAGACCAAGAGGCUGCCCAACCAGAAGGUGCUCUAUUUAAUCUUCACCAUAGUGCUGGUGUUCUGGGCUUGCUUCUUGCCCUUCUGGAUAUGGCAGCUCCUCUUCCAGUAUUACGAAUCCUUCCCUUUAUCUCCCAAGGUGAUGAAGAACAUUAAUUACUUGACAACCUGCCUGACCUACAGCAACAGCUGCAUCAACCCCUUCCUCUACACCCUGCUCACCAAAAACUACCGGGAGUACCUGAAGAACAGGCAGCGGUCCCUCAGCAGCAACAGCGGGUACUUCCAGAGGAGGAAUCGGUUCCAGAGGAUUUCAGGGAGAUCCCUGUCCACGAGCAGCCAGCACUGCACAGAGACAUAUGUCCUUGCUCACGCCCCUUUGGGAAACAGCAGUGCCUGAAGGUAAAAAUCUAUCUCCAAGAACAAUCAAUAUUGAUUCCAAUGUUGCUUUGAUUUAAAGUGUACACCAUAAAGGUGAAGCCUUGGCAGACCUGUGAUGUGCACACAUUUAGUCCAGAGGCUGUGCUGUAUGUCUGUUCUCAUUUUCUCCAGUGCCACUGAUUUGAUGCCAGCAGCAUUCAGCUGAACAUCUAUCUAAAUAGCCUUUCACUUUUUAUCUUUAUAUUUUAUAGUGUACAUCUCCUCAAGUAGCCAUCUAAUGAAAGCCUAUAACAGGGCCAUGAUUUUUAAUGGUAUCAGCUGUCUCACAGCAAUUGAAAUUAUGUUAUCCUAUGAAUGGCUGUAUUUUCCUCUUUUUUUUUUUUCCUCUCUAGCAGUGAUGCUAAAUUUGUAGCUGUAUGAGGACUGAAAACAAUGAAAUAAAGAGAAAACAGCUGAUGUUUGUGACACACAA